AUGUCGAUGUUUCAGCAGCUGGCGGCCUUAAUCUUACUUGUUUGUUCAUCUGCACUCCUGUUCUUGAACGCCAGAGUGGAGAGCACAGAAAACAAUGUAAAGAAUUAUAUCGUAUACAUGAGUGAUGGUAGAGCCCAUCAAAAUCUGCAGGCUCAAAAGUUGUAUAAUAGGGAACUUCUUGCGAAAUUGACCACAAGGAGAGUAGAUGAAGCUGUAAUUCAUCACUAUGGAAAAAGCUUUCGAGGCUUUUCUGCACUGCUGACUCAGGAGGAAGCCGCUUCUCUAGCAGAAAUGGAUGGAAUUGUUUCGGUGUUUGAAAGCAAAACAUGGCGAGUCCACACGACGCACUCUUGGGAAUUCCUAGGCGUGAAUAAGAUACAUCUCGGCAGCAACACCGAUUAUUUAUCAAACGUGCAAUCAGAUGUUAUUAUAGGGGUAAUUGACACAGGCAUUUGGCCCGAAUCAGAGAGUUUCAGUGAUGAGUGCUUGUCAAAAGUUCCAAGUCGCUUCAAGGGAACAUGCGAGACGGGAGUUGGAUUCAACGCCUCCAACUGUAACAGGAAAAUAAUUGGUGCACGUUUCUACUUCAAGGGAUUUGAGGCAGAAAAUGGACCACUGGAGUCAUUUGGUGGCAAAUUCUUUCGUUCUCCGCGGGAUGCGGAUGGACAUGGAAGUCACACUGCCUCCAUUGCAGCAGGAGCACUUGUGAAAAAUGCAAGCGUAUUUGGCAUUGGAAAAGGUACUGCUAGGGGAGGAUCUCCUGGUGCUCGGCUGGCAAUUUAUAAAGCCUGCUGGUUCAAUCUCUGUAACGAUGCCGAUUUGCUUGCUGCCUUCGACGAUGCCACGAACGAUGGAGUGGACAUCAUUUCCAUUUCAGUGGGUCCUCUUCCUCCUCAGCCAAGCUUUUUUGUUGAUAGCAUAUCAAUUGGAUCUUUCCAAGCAUUCAGAAAGGGUGUUUUUGUUUCUGCGUCUGCUGGAAACAGUGGAUUGCCAAACACCGCUACCAAUGUUGCUCCAUGGAUUUUCACAGUUGCAGCCUCCUCAAUCGACAGAAGUUUCAGCUCGGACGUGCUUCUCGGAAACAACGUAACACUUAAGGGAGAAGCUGUAAAUCCUCUCAAACAAAAUGGGUUCGCUGGCCUUGUCCCUGCAAGCAGCUGUGCAGCCCCUGGUGUUUCUCAGACAAAUGCAAGUUUUUGCCUGGAGAACACGCUGGAUCCCACAAAAGUAAAUGGAAAAGUUGUUGUGUGUACCAUUUCCAGCCCAACAAACAAUCGGACAUUAAAGAGUGUAGUUGUGAAAGACGCAGGAGGCGUGGGGAUUAUAAUUGUUGAUCCCUUUCUUAAAGACGUAGCAUUUCAAUUUGUCAUACCUGGUACUCUCGUCGGACAACAGCAAGGCGCACAACUUACAGCAUACAUAGGCUCCGAUUUGAACCCCACAGCACUCAUCCAAACGACUUUAACUGUAUUGAAUAUUACUCCGGCUCCUGAGAUGGCAGUGUUUUCUUCCAUGGGUCCCAACGUAAUUACUCCAGAUAUAAUCAAACCGGAUGUGACAGCACCAGGAGUGAGCAUAUUGGCAGCAUGGUCACCUAUAGCAAUAAGUGAAGCCGGUGGUCGAUCGAUUGAUUUCAACAUAAUAUCAGGAACAUCCAUGGCCUGCCCUCACGUAAGCGGAGUAGCUGCACUGAUUAAAGCUCAGCAUCCCACAUGGAGUCCUGCUGCAAUCAAAUCUGCUAUCAUGACAACAGCAUCUGUUAUAGAUAACACCAACAAAUCAAUAGUCAGAAGCCCUUUCGGGAGCUCAACUGGGCCAUUUGAUUAUGGAUCAGGGCACAUCAAUCCUGUUGGGGCUCUAAAUCCGGGACUAUUCUACGAUUAUAACGUUGAAGAUGUUAUCAACUUCCUGUGCAGCAAUGGACCCACGCUUGCUCAGCUGAGAAAUCUGACAGGUGAUAACACAACAUGCCUGUCAAACCCACCACCUGCAUACAAUUUCAACUACCCCUCCAUUGGAGUGGCAAAUUUGAGUGGAAAUUUAACAGUCUCCCGAACUCUCACGAGCGCUGCAACAAAAGCUUCUCUUUACACAGUGACUGUGCAACCUCCACCCGGUGUGCUUGUGCAGGUGCUUCCAAAUCAGCUUUAUUUCAAAAAGUUUGGAGAUAAGAAGUCAUUCACCGUGAAAUUCACUGUAACAGAGACAGCUUCUCAAUUUGUAUUUGGUUCGCUUACCUGGUCCAAUGCUAAAUACAACGUUUACACACCCAUUGCUGUGAAUCCUACCUCCCUUUAG